AUGGAGGAGUUGGUGAUUGUUGGGAGUUCGAAAGUGAAGACAUUUAUAUCUGAUUUGUCUAGAGAUCACUAUGCCAACGCAUUUUUCAAAGGAAUGCGUUAUGGGGAGAUGGCAAACAGUUUAGCGGAGUCCUUUAAUAAUUGGGUUGGUGUGUUUCGAGAUUUGCCGGUGCUACCUUUGAUAGAAGGGAUUCGACAGAAAUUGAUGGUAUUGAAUUCUCAACGACGAAUUGAAGCGGAGAAGUGGACAACAGUUUUGUGUCCGGAGAUGGAGACUAGACUCUGUGAAAAUGCGGAGGUCGGUAGGACUUGGGCAGUUCGUCGUUCUAAUUGCACUGUUUUUGAAGUAUUUGCUGAUUAUUCUGUGAUGGUUGAUCUCGAGCAAAGGACUUGUUCUUGUCGUCUUUGGCAAAUUGACGGUUUUCCUUGCACACAUGCGGUGGCUGCAAUCCUAGCAAAGAGAGAUUCAGUUUAUGAUUACGUGGAAUGUUACUACAAAACCGACUUCUUUCGAAAAGCCUAUGAGAGUCCUAUUUUUCCUAUUCCAGAUAUUGGGAAAGGAUUGGGCAGCAAUGGUUCUGCAGCUGGAGUUGUGCUUCCGCCAAUUACAAAGAGGCCAGCCGGAAGACCACCAACAAAGAGGAUAAAAGUUUUUGGUGAAUUUAAAAGGCCAUUGAAAUGCAGUCGGUGCAGUGUUGCUGGGCACAAUAGGAAGACUUGCAAGGCUAUUAUAUGA